AUGAUCACCGUGCUCGAUACUCCGGGCUCCAGAUCGGACAAGAGCUGCCAGACAUUAUAUAUACUGGAGACAGCUAUGCAAAUCCUUUCCCGGAUCACUACAAGCUUAAUCUUCACUCUUAGAGUCUAUGCUUUAUGGGGACAGAAUAAAGCAAUUCUCGCGCUGACAUUGCUCAUGAUCAUCGCGAAAUUUGGGAUCGACGUUUGGAGAUCUACGUUGUCCAUAAGUCUAUCCAGCAUAGGUACUCAAUGGAACGAGUUCUCGAUGUGUUGGUCGAUCAUAGCGGACCCGACGGCGGUUGAACAUGCCUCCCUCCCCAUUCUCUUCGAUUUCAUUGUCUUCGUAGCAACUGUUCUGAAGACAUACCAACACUCCAGGGAGAUGCGGGAACACGGAAGAAAGAGUAUCGCUGAAGUCCUUCUUCACGAUGGGACCUUGUACUUUUUCGCCGUGCUAGUUCUAGCAGCUGUGAAUCUUGCUCUUCGUCUGUUAUUCGUAGCGCACGAAGAUUCUCAGAUUGUGAUCCUGCUAGGGGACAGCAUGACGCCUUACAUUUCUGUCCGCCUCUGUCUAAACCUUCGAGCACUCAAUCGUCCACGCACCACCGUACAUCGCAUAGAUGACGGCAUGCCCGACCAGGCUUUCGCGCAUAAUAGGUUUUUGGGCAACAUCGGAGCCCCUCUGGAUCCCGACUGGUGGAACGAACAGUUAGAUGACGACGAGCCGCAAGUCGACACAAUCUCCAGUAUAAACCUGCAGAACUCUAUGGAACCUGCGGGUGGCGGGGGAAUAGUGACGCUUGUACCAGUCGUCUAUGAUACCGGAGCUGUCGAGAUGGUUCCCUUGGAGAGAGAGGCGGUUCCUGCUGCAGUACUGUCUCACCCCGUCAACGGUGUGGUAUAG